AUGUUACUGUGUUUGUGUUUGUGCUCAUGUAUACAUACUGCUGUAGGACCCACCACUGCCGGAGGAACCACCAUUGCUGGAGGAACUACCACUGCUGGAGGAACCACCACUGUUGGAGGAACCACCACUGCUGGAGGAACCACCACUGUUGGAGGAACCACUACUGUUGGAGGAACCACCACUGUUGGAGGAACCACCACUGUUGGAGGAACCACUACUGUUGGAGGAACCACCACUGCUGGAGGAACCACCACUGUUGGAGGAACCACUACUGUUGGAGGAACCACUACUGCUGGAGGAACCACCACUGCUGGAGGAACCACCACUGUUGGAGGAACCACUACUGUUGGAGGAACCACCACUGUUGGAGGAACCACCACUGCCGGAGGAACCACUACUGUUGGAGGAACCACCACUGCGUUAGGAACCACUACUGUUGGAGGAACCACCACUGCUGGAGGAACCACCACUCCUGGAGGAACCACCACUGCUGGAGGAACCACCACUGCUGGAGGAACCACCACUCCUGGAGGAACCACCACUGCUGGAGGAACCACCACUCCUGGAGGAACCACCACUCCUGGAGGAACCACCACUGCUGGAGGAACCACCACUCCUGGAGGAACCACCACUGCUGGAGGAACCACCACUCCUGGAGGAACCACCAUUGCUGGAGGAACCACCACUCCUGGAGGAACCACCACUCCUGGAGGAACCACCACUCCUGGAGGAACCACCACUCCUGGAGGAACCACCACUGCUGGAGGAACCACCACUGCUGGAGGAACCACCACUGUCAAUGUCAAUGCUCUGACCGAAGAAGUCAAACAGUUAUCUGAAUUCCAGAGUGAACUUGUUGCUGUUGCAGAUGAGCUUGAUCAGGCAACGGCCAUUUUACAGGAAAUGCAAAACUCGAUCGGCCUCAGAAGACGGCGGCGCCAAGUGGGUGUCAUCGACGAGUUGCUUUUAGUUUUUGAUUUGGUUGAUGCAGCCGUCCAGGUAAGCAACACCACAGCUCUGAAAGAACUCCUGCAAAGACUUAAAGAGCUGAGGGUACAGUUGACGAAACUCUCCACCGACGUAAAGAAUAACGAUACGCUCGCUGCGGAAAUAAAAGGGAGCGUUGGGAAAGCUCUCGAGAAGUCCCAAACGACGAAAGCCGAGAUAGCGCAAAAGGACAAAGAGAUAAAAAAGAAGGUUGAUGAAAUUCAACAACAAAUAUCGCAAGUGGGAGGAUCGACCAUCCAAUUCACAGAAGCCAAUAUUACUUUUGUGACAACAGCUCCAUCAACUGGAGGCACAGCUACUUCUGGAGGCACUUCACCUGGAGGGGACACUUCCACGGGAGGCGUCAUUUCUACUACUGGAGGCACUUCACCUGGAGGAGACGCUUCCACUGGAGGAGACACUUCAACUGCAGGCGACACUUCCACUGGAGGAGACACUUCAACUGGAGGCACAGCUACUUCUGGAGGCACUUCACCUGGAGGGGACACUUCCACGGGAGGCGUCAUUUCUACUACUGGAGGCACUUCACCUGGAGGAGACGCUUCCACUGGAGGAGACACUUCAACUGCAGGCGACACUUCCACUGGAGGAGACAUUUCCACUGGAGGAGACACUUCAACUGCAGGCGACACUUCCACUGGAGGAGACACUUCCACUGGAGGAGACACUUCCACUGGAGGAGACACUUCAACUGCAGGCGACACUUCCACUGGAGGAGACACUUCCACUGGAGGUGACACUUCCACUGGAGGUGACACUUCCACUGGAGGUGACACUUCCACUGGAGGUGACACUUCCACUGGAGGUGACACUUCAACUGGAGGUGACACUUCCACUGGGGGUGACACUUCCACUGGGGGUGACACUUCCACUGGGGGUGACACUUCCACUGGGGGUGACACUUCAACUGGAGGUGACACUUCCACUGGAGGUGACACUUCCACUGGAGGUGACACUUCCACUGGAGGUGACACUUCCACUGGAGGAGACACUUCAACUGGAGGUGACACUUCCACUGGAGGUGACACUUCCACUGGAGGUGACACUUCAACUGGAGGAGACACUUCAACUGGAGGAGACACUUCAACUGGAGGAGACACUUCAACUGGAGGUGACACUUCAACUGGAGGUGACACUUCCACUGGGGGUGACACUUCAACUGGAGGAGACACUUCAACUGGAGGAGACACUUCAACUGGUGACACUUCUACUGGAGGUGACACUUCUACUGGAGGUGACACUUCCACUGGAGGUGACACUUCAACUGGAGGUGACACUUCAACUGGAGGUGACACUUCAACUGGAGGAGACACUUCAACUGGAGGUGACACUUCAACUGGAGGAGACACUUCAACUGGAGGUGACACUUCCACUGGAGGAGACACUUCCACUGGAGGUGACACUUCAACUGGAGGAGACACUUCAACUGGAGGUGACACUUCAACUGGAGGUGACACUUCAACUGGAGGUGACACUUCAACUGGAGGUGACACUUCAACUGGAGGUGACACUUCCACUGGGGGUGACACUUCAACUGGAGGUGACACUUCCACUGGAGGUGACACUUCAACUGGAGGUGACACUUCCACUGGAGGUGACACUUCAACUGGAGGUGACACUUCCACUGGGGGUGACACUUCAACUGGAGGUGACACUUCCACUGGAGGUGACACUUCCACUGGAGGAGACACUUCCACUGGAGGAGAUACUUCUACUGGAGGUGACACUUCAACUGGAGGUGACACUUCAACUGGAGGAGACACUUCUACUGGAGGUGACACUUCCACUGGAGGAGACACUUCAACUGGAGGAGACACUUCUACUGGAGGUGACACUUCAACUGGAGGUGACACUUCCACUGGAGGAGACACUUCCACUGGAGGAGACACUUCCACUGGGGGUGACACUUCCACUGCAGGCGACACUUCGACUUGAUAGAUCACAUGAUAUUUGCACUUCCAAAGUUUUCAUGAAUGCACUGUACUCUCUUUGAUCUAUUGAUUUUUCUUCCUUAUGGAAUAUGUCCGUAUAAUGAUAUGUCGAAACAAGCACACGUUCAUGAUGUAAAUGAGUUGCAGGGUUCACAGCAAAAACGGCCCAACAUUUUAGGGCACAUCCUUCAUGAAAUAUUAGGAAUACAGCAUUAGUUUUGUAGUGAUACAUCCUGACCAUGAAGACACAUUUCUAGCUAAAAUGAACCGGAAGACGACAACGAAAUAGAUUUUGUUCAUAUUCAUUUUUUUUCUCACAUGAGGGAUUUCAUUAAUAUAUUUCAUAUACCCUCAAAGCAUAGAUACUACACUGUUGAACUAUUUUAAAUUAUAAAUAGUAAAUUAGGAGAGUAAUCCAUUCACAUUGCUAUACGCCACAAGAUGCCAUAACAAGCGAUACACAUUAAAUGGGCUCUGGUUUAUAUAUUUGAGUGUCGUUUCUUCUUCAUUUGAUGUGUUUCACACAUAGUGAUAUAUCACAGUGCACAAUAUUCAAAAUCUGAAAUUAAAAAAUUCAGUGAAAAACAUACAAUAAAGAAUUGCAAACGAAAGUAA